AUGGCAUCGUCAUCAUCGUCGACGAGGGCGCUAAAGCUCCUCACGAUUGGACCACCAUGUGGGCGGAUACAAGAGCUGGUUGCAAAGGUGUCGGCCAUCAAUGCAAAGCACGGGCCCUUUGAUGCGCUCUUCGUUCUGGGCGACUUCUUCAAGCCCUGGUCUGGCGGAGACGAGGAUCUCUCAGAGGACGAACGCUUGCUGCUGGCUGGAGACAUUAGGUUGCCCACCACGACCUACAUUCUCCAUCCGCCAUCGAAGCUGCACCCCUCGGUCGAGGCGCUCUUUGCGAAAGAGACGACAGGUUCUUCGUCAUCAUCCAAUGGCGAUGAGCCUCACAGACUCUGCGAACGGCUCUAUUCUCUUGGCAAGGGCGACGUGUGCCUUGUGAAGCCGGACCCCGAUCACGUGGGACUGCGAGUCGCAGCAGCAGGCGGACGGUGGAAUGCAAGUCGAUGGGCAUCUAGCGAAGAUGCCCAGUCGCAGCCAUUGGACAAUACCUGCAUGACGUCGUCCUCUGUCGGUAGGCUGCUGGCCCACCCCUCGUUCAAAGAGGCGUCGACGAGCGCCUCGACGCUCGACGAAGAGCCGACGUCUCUCGCCCAGGCGCGGGCCCAGGCGGCUGCUCGUGCGUCUCUGCUACAGGCACGGGCCGAGGAGGAGGAGGCCAUGGCCAGCCGUCCGCCCAUCGACCUGCUGCUGACCAAUGCCUGGCCGAGUGGCAUCACGCUUCUCUCCAAUGCCGAAAAGUUGCCCCACGCAACAUCGAGGAUGUGGGGUGCGCCUCCGUGUGCCACGCUCGCCAGAGCUGGGCAGCCAAGAUACCACUUUGCCCUGGCACCUGGCUCGACGGGCGAGCCUGGCGACGAAUCGCUCGCCACUGGAAUUGUCGGUCUCGACGGCACAGAGCAGGGCAAGGAGCUCCGGGCGACGGGCUCCUUCUGGGAACGAGAGCCUUACAAGAACAUCAGGCCGCCUCAUCCGUACAAUUAUGCUACACGAUUCGUCUCCCUGGCCCGUUUCGCCAAUGCCAAAAAGGCCCGAUGGUUCAUGGCGCUUAACGUCGUGCCGGCCUCGGCCGUCGCUGCAUCGGAAGCCAGCAAGACAGCGCCUAAGAUUGCCAAUGCGACGGCGAGCCCCUUUAGCCAGACAUCAUCAGCGUCUCUGACAAGCUCAAAGCCAAACAAGCGGCGCCAACCGCCCACAGAUGGCCCAGGCAUCCAUAUGGAGUCUGGUCCCAACUUCCGCUGGUCUGGAGGCGCAGGCGGCGGGAAGCGCGCCCGCUCGGGCCUGCCCUCCAAGCCCGACGUCGAUAUGCCGCCGCGGAAAAAGGCGCUUGUGAUCCCUGUCGGGCCCGAGGAUUGCUGGUUCUGUCUGGGCAACCCACAGUGCGCAAAACACCUCAUCGUCGCCGUCGGAAGUGCCUGCUACGUCGCCAUGCCAAAGGGCCAGCUGCCGCCCACGAGCGACCCGCUGAGCCCUGUGCCUGGAGGCGGACACGUACUGAUCAUCCCGAUCAACCACUUUCCUUCUUUGCUGGGUGCCGCGCCGGAGCUAUCGCUGCCCGUGCAAAAGGAGGCCGACGCCUGGCGCUCGGCCCUGACCGCGUGCUACGCCUCGUUUGGCGCGCUGCCCAUUGCCUGGGAGGUCUGCCGCACCUCGGGCACGCGCGCGGGUCACAUGCAGACGCAGGUCGUGCCCGUACCCGAGCACCUGUGUGGGCCUAAGCUCGAGGCCGUCUUUCGCCAGGCGGCGCAGGAGAACGGGUACGAGUUUGUGGAGGAUGCAGACGAAGUCCGUGCGUUGCUUGCCAUCAGCGAGAGCCAGAGUGACGAGGAGAGAAGGGACCGCGGCGACUACUUUCGGCUGGACCUUCCUGCGACAACAAAGAAGGGAGCAGCAGCAGCAGCAGCAGCAGCAGCAGCAGAGGGAAAGACGUGGAUAAUGCUGCUGCAGGGAAAGAGGUUCACGCUGCAAUUUGCCAGAGAGACGCUGGCAAAGUACCUCAAUGUGCCGGAUCGCAUCGACUGGCGGCAGUGUGCGCGCACAGACGCAAUCGAGCGGGCAGAGGCAAAGGCGUUCAAGGCCGCUUUCGACGAGUACGCAGAGGGCAUCGGCGAAGACGACAAAGAAGAGGAGGAAUGA